CUCAUGUAGUCAGCUACAAAUAUAGCCUGUUAUCACACCAGCAGGGCAGGGAGGUGCGGUGUCAACAGGCUGGGCAGCGGGCAGGGGAGCGCGGCCUCGGGCAAUUUCAUGCUCCCAAGAUGGGACAUAAAGUGGUGGUGUUUGACAUCUCUGCCAUCAGGAGCUUGUGGGAAACACGUGUCAAGAAGCAUAGAGCCCGGCAGAAGAAGGAGGCGGAGCGGCUUGAGCAAAGUGCCUUGGAAAAGAUCAAGGCGGAGUGGAACUUCGUGUCUGAGUGCCGGAAGAAAGGCAUCCCCCAGGCUGCCUACACCAAGAAUGGCUUCACAGACACCAGCCUGAGGCUCCUGGAAAAGGUUGAAAGAAACGUUUUCACGAGACAGAGUGGACUUUCCAAAGAGAGAGGCAAACCACACAAUCCGUUUGUAUUUGAAAUUUCGGGGCAGCACUGGAAGGAGCUCCCGGACUCGCUGAAGGAGCAGGGGCACCUGCGAGAGUGGCACAUCAAGGACACCCGGGUCCAGGUCAUUCCUGCCUACGUGGGGCUGUUCCGAGCCAUGACGGUCCUGCACCUGGCGCACAACCAGCUCUCCCAGCUGCCCGCUGAAAUCGGUUGUUUGAAGAACCUGAAAGAACUCAAUGUGAGCUUCAAUCAUCUGAAGAGUAUUCCCCCCGAGCUGGGAGGCUGUGAAAGCCUAGAGAGUCUGGAUUGUUCUGGGAACCUCGAGCUGACUGAGCUCCCCUUUGAACUAAGUAAUCUGAAGCAAGUUACAUUCAUUGAUAUCUCAGCAAACAAAUUUCCCAGCGUCCCAGUGUGUGUCCUGCGGAUGUGUCACUUGCGGUGGUUGGAUAUCAGCAGCAAUAACCUGAGAGACCUGCCGCAGGAUGUAGACAGGCUGCAGGAGCUGCAGACCUUUCUCCUGUACAACAACCAGCUGACCUACCUCCCCUCUGCCUUGCUUAACCUGAAGAAGCUCACUCUGCUGGUGGUCAGUGGGGACCGCUUGGUGGAGCUCCCGACCGCCCUCUGUGACUCAUCCACUCCUUUGAAAUUUGUAAAUCUUAUGGACAACCCUAUUGACAAUAUCCAGCAUCAAGAUAGUGAUAAAAUGAUGGAAAGUGAGCAAGUUCGCCAACAUCUGGAUAAAGAAUUCAUGAAAGCCUAUAUUGAAGAUCUUAAAGAGAGAGAGUCUGUUCCCAGCUACACCACCAAAGUGUCGUUCAGCCUUCAACUUUGACGCCACCUGUCAGAAGACUCUAGGUCCUUCCUGUCCUGUGGGGCUGUAAAUCUUUGUAUUGUAGGUCAUGUACUGUCGAAAUAAUAGUUUGUGUUUCAUGACGAAGACUAGAAACCAUGAACAUAAUUGUUGGAAAAAAUUACCUUCAUAUUUAAAAUAUACGAACCUCUCUUUGUGGACAGGAGGAUUGAUAGACCAGCUGAUUUAUCGGCACUUAAAGGUUCAUUUGCAUGUAAUUGUUCUCAAAUGAUUCACCUUUGAUAUUUUAGAAAGUGUAUUGUACACACCACACACACACACACACACACACACACACACACACACACACACACACAUACACGCACGCGCGUAUCUUAAAGACCAAAUUAUGGGGUUGAUUGUAUUGUCUUCAGGAAUUAAGAGGUAAAGUGAUCAUGAAAAAAAAUCAAAGAAACAAUAAAAAACACACACACUAAAACCAUUUGUGACUAACUAGUUAGAUGAUGGUUAUUUGAUUUUGUUGUUUUGAAAAGAUUUUACUAUUUCUUUUACUGAGAAUAUACUAUCUUGAGUUUAUAAACAUGGCUAGUCCACAUGUUGUAAGUUACAUUUUGCAAACAGAGUCUCCCAGAAGAGACUUGAGGUAUCAUUUUUGCCGGGAGGGCAGGAAGAAGGGUUGCGAUGGCUCCCCACACACUGGACACUGAUGGUGUCCGGGUCACCCUGGCUGAGGAAGUGUGGUCCAUGGGGAGUCUUGCGUGGACAACUAGCCUGAGUGGCCGCGCCCACCGAGACAGUGGACAGAGGUGCGGCCCUCAGCACUCCUUCCUCCAAGGGCGGCAGAAAGGCCAGCGGGGAUGAGUGUCCGCAGCGGAGAUGGCUCCCUACCCACACCUCCUUCUUGGUCUGGAGGGGAUUCAUGUGAGUGUGGUUUGCAUUUGCAAACAUGGGGUUCAUUUUAGGGCAUUGAACUCUUACUCAGUUGUAGGAUUGCAGGAUUCGGAGAAGUUGCUUGAAUAUCUAUUUUUAUGCCAUUGUCUUAGGGCACAUGAACAGGAGCAUUACCAUCUUCGAGGUAAAGUAGAUUUUGUGACAGAAAUGCAGACUUUUAAUGUAGUUUACACUUCAAUAAUAGACUGGUGACUACUGUGUGGGACAGCGGAGUCUGUCCAGUUGGGGUUCUAGAAGUUCAUCUGUGCUGGAAAGGAAGGGUACAUUUUAUUUUUUCUUACCCAGAGAAAGUUAUCCUCAAGAGGUACACAUGUAUUAUUCUUUUUAACCAGAACACUGCUCAGCUCUGGGGUAUGGCAGUGCUGGGGAUUGAACCUCCGGCCUCUGCUGCCUCAGGCAUGAGAGUCUCUGCAUAACUGCUGUGCACACACUGACAGAAUUACUACUGAUACCCCAUAAUUUAUCUUGGUAGUCUUAAGCAUAAUUCCAAAUAUUUUAGCCUCAGCAGAUGUAAAAUAGAGCACUCUAAAACCACUUAGAAGUGCUUUGGUAGAGAAUUGCUUCAACUUACAAACAGAGACUGAGAAGUAGGUUAAGAAAUGAAAAGGGGGGGGCUGGGUGGUGGCGCAUAUGUUACAGGGCACAAGGACCUGGGUUCAAGCCCUGGUCCCCACCUGCAGGGGGAAAGCUUUUCAAGUGGUGAAGCAGUGCUGCAGGUGUCUCUCUGUUUUUCUCCAUCUAUAUCUCCCACUUCCUUUCAAUUUCUGGCUGUCUCUAUCCAAUAAAUAAAGAUAAUAAUAGUAAAAAAAAAAAAAAAGAAAUGAAAAGAGUAGAAAAAUCAGAAUUCACUUUUUUAUCUUUAUUUAUUUAUUGGAUAGAGACAGCCAGAAAUCAAGAGGGAAGGGGAGGAUAGAGAGAGAGACAGAGAGACACCUGCAGCCCUGCUUCACUACUAGUGAAGCUUUCCCCCAGCAGGUGGGGACCGGGGGACUCGAACCUGGGUCCUUGCGCAUUAUAACAUGUGCGCUCAACCAGGUGUGCCACUGCCCGGCCCUCAGAAUUCACUUUUGUUCACCUUCAAACAGUUGCAAUUUUCUUUUUUUAGCAUGAACAGGAGCAAUAUAAUUUGAAUUUGCUAGUUGUAUUUCUUUGAGAGUUCACGUUGGGUCAAGAUAUAUGUUCCCUAUAACCAAAUGGAAGCUAUGUUAGAAGGAAGGAGACUCAUACACAAACUCACUCUCCAUCACUUACGUAAAUUUUAUUUCAAUAAAGCCAAUCUUUCAUGCGAAAA